AUGUAUUUUAGCAAAAGUACUUACAUUUUAUUGGUGAUCGCUUGCGAUAACACUUAUAGGUGCACUGCCGCCACGUACGAAAUAUCGGACGAAGAGGACGAGGAGUCCAAACCGGACGUCAAGUCCAGCGAGGACCUCCUGGAAGAAGAGAAAACGGACGCGGCCGAAGGUGAGGAGGGCGAGCCCAAAGACGAAGAGCACGAAGAGGACGAAGUCUCCAGAGUGGAUAAAGCGGAGGAAGGGGACGAGGGGGAUGCCGAAGGCGAGGGUGAAGGCGAGGCGAAAAUCGAAGCGGCCAGGGCGCCCCCGAAGGGCGGGAAGCCGCGGAAGCUGACCAACCAGUUCAAUUUUUGCGAGAGGGCCGCCUUGACGUACAAUAACCCGACAAGACCUCAAGAAACCCAAACCGUCCCUCCGCCGAUGGCCACGUUUGCCGCCAACGUGCUCCAGUGGGUGAUCUACGAUGCGUACCAGAGCGACUUCGCGGCGCAGCAGCUGGAGAAAGAACUGGAAAGAGAGCGAAAAGAAAAAGAGAAGGCUCCCGUAUCCAAACACCCGCCGCAGAAGAAGGCGCAGUCGGGUCGGGCGCAGCUCAGCGAGGGUUCAGGGAGAGUACUGGAAUGUUGGAGGGUGCUGGAGAGGAUGAUCAAUCAGAAUACGUACGACGAUAUAGCCAAAGAUUAUAGAUACUGGGAUGAUCCAUCCGAUGAAUUCCGAGAAGAGGAAGGAACACUACUGCCUUUAUGGAAGUUUACAUACGAGAGAACGAAAAAGAAUACCAUUACUGAUAUGGAGUGGAAUCCGUACUACUACGACCUCUUUGCUGUUUGUUUCGGUUUUUUGGACUUCAUGAAACCGACGCCCGAAGGCGCCGUCUGCCUGUUCACCCUCAAGAACCCCUCCUACCCCGACUACAUCUGCAUGACCGAGUCGGCGGUGAUGUGCGUCGACACCCACCCCAAGUACCCCUACAUGGUGGUGGUGGGGGCGUACGACGGCUCGGUGCUGGUGUUCAACGUGCAGGCCACCUGCAAGGAGCCGGCCUUCCGCAGCAACAACGUCACCAACAAACACAAAGGUAUCGUUUGGGAGGUGAAAUGGGCAGCGGAUCUACCAGAUGGAGAACUGAACUUCUUCUCGGUCGCAUCUGAUGGUAAAAUCAAUAACUGGGUGCUGAUGCAAAACGAGUUAUCCGUAACUACAAUAAUCACCUUAUUUCUUGACAAGGAUGCAGUACCAGGACCGGACGGUACCCAACUCAAAGUCAAAGGUUGCGCCUCUUGUGUCAAACUACAUCCAAAGAACCAUCUCAUUUAUCUGGUGGGUACUGAAGAGGGUCAAAUAUUCAAAUGCAGCACCGCUUACAGUUCGAUGUAUUUGCUGACGUACAACGCUCACCAAAUGCCCAUAGCUAGGAUCGAUUUUAACAGAUAUAAUUCGGACAUAUUCGCGUCUUGUAGUGGCGAUUGGAGGGUAAAGAUAUGGGAAGAUAAUAGAUUAGAACCUUUAUUCGUAUUCGACGUGGGUGACAGAGUGGGUGACGUCAAAUGGGCUCCAUAUUCCUCCACGGUAUUCGCUGCUGUCACCACCGAAGGCAAGGUCUACGUGUUCGAUCUGAAUGUCAAUAAGUAUAAACCCAUCUGUGUUCAAGCUAUAGUAUCUAAAAGACGGAAUAAACUAACCAGACUGUCGUUCAAUCCGAAGCUGCCUAUUCUAAUAGUUGGAGAUGACAAAGGCUGCGUGACAACAUUAAAGCUGUCUCCAAACCUCAGGAUACCAUGUAAAGCGCCUAAAAAACAGCAACAUUUAGACCAAUGGACGUUACAGUGUAUGAAAUUAGAGAAAUUGUUGUCGUUAGUUAGAGAACCUGUCACUUUGACCUUGCCAGAUGACACAGCAGGCAGCGAAGAGUCUUAAAUUUAUGUUUCUGUUAAUUUAAUUAUACAAGGAAAUAAACAUAUAAACUUA